AUGGGUAAGCUAACGGUGUUGAAUUUGAGAAGGAAUAAUUUCAGUGGGAGUCUUCCAUUGUUAUGUACUCAAAGCACUUCUUUGACGACCAUUGUCUUGAACAAUAAUCAAUUAGAAGGAUCUGUCCUAGUGUCGUUGCUCAACUGUGUUGGCUUAAAAGUUCUUGACUUGGGGAAUAACGCGAUAAAUGACACAUUUCCAGCUUGGCUUGGAACUCUUGAAGAUUUGCAAAAAUUUUUAGAAACUUCAACCAUAGAUCUUUCAAGCAACCAUUUUGAAGGUGACAUUCCGAAAUCACUAAAGGAUCUCAGCUCACUUAGGCUACUCAAUUUAUCCCAUAACAAUCUCAAAGGUGAUAUUCCAAUGGAAUUGGGGCAAUUGAAUACACUUGAAGCUUUAGAUCUCUCUUGGAAUCGGCUCACUGGAAAGAUUCCACAGGAAUUGACAAUAGUGAACUUUCUGGCGUUCUUAAACCUCUCUCAAAAUCAUCUCGUUGGACGCAUUCCUCAAGGUUCACAAUUCAGCACAUUUGAAAAUGACUCGUAUGGUGGCAACCUUGAUUUAUGUGGUCCUCCUUUAUCAAAGCAAUGUGGAACGAGUGAUUCAUCGCAUGUUCCUCAACCAUUGGAGGAAGAAGAAGAAGAUAAGUUAUAUUUUUUUAGUGGAUUUACGUGGGAAUCAGUAGUAAUAGGCUACAAUUAUGGACUAGUUGUUGGAACUGUCAUGUGGAGUCUCAUGUUUAAAUAUCGUAAGCCAAAAUGGUUUGUGGAAUUUUUUGAAGGCAUUUUCCCCAAGAAAAUGAGAAGGCCAAAGAAGAGAGCUCAGAGACGACGGACAUAA